AUGCCGCUAGUGAAACGGAUGGCUGGAUUAAUCCUCGUUUUUGGCCUCCUCUUCUGCUCCACAGGUCAAACCUUCAACAUCACGCUGAAAUGCAUGCAGGACACAGCAGCCUUCCUCAUGGAGUUAGAGAAAGACAAACCAGAUGAAUACGCAGUGCAGAUGUACGAUGCCUUCGGAAAGCUGGGCAGUGAUGUAUCGGGGGGCAACGUGAACAGAGCUGGAUCUUUGCAGGAGUGCGUGUCUGUCAAAGGCCCUGGCUUCAAAGGGCAGUACUGCCAAGUCUUCCUCAAACAGGAAGCAGUGGAGUAUUUUGUUGGUAUUUGUGUGCCGGACUCAUGUGCUGAAGAGGAAGUGAGGACACUUGUUGUCUAUGAGGCUUUUGAACAGGGUCACUCCUCUCUCAUUCCUCCUGUGCCAGCUCUGUUAAUAUCUGACCCCACACUGGGCAUCUUUAUGACUCAGUGUAUCAGCAACAACAUCACACCCGACCUGUCUGCUGUAAUCUGCCUAUGUGUGUGUGUCCUGAUGAUGGCUGUGCCUCUCGUUGCAUCCAUCUACGUGGUGGUGUUCAGGUGGAGGAGGCGGAGAGAGGUCAGGCCAGGGGUUGACUCCGCCCUCCUCUCAAAAAACAACCAAUAUGGAACGCUGCUGGCCAAUGGCUCACCCAAUCACAGCAAAGAAUGCAUUUCACUCCGGGACACUACAGCAGCGCGGGACAGCAACGAUGAGAGAGAGCAGGAGGACAACACAAUGAGUCGUGUGCUGCAGUGCCUGCGGUGUUUUUCAGUGCAGGUCAGCAGUGUUGAUGUUUUUAACACUGCAAGUGUUGGACACAGUUACUCCUCUCUGAACGGGAUCCGCAUCCUCAGCUUACUGUGGAUAAUCUGUGGACACACCGUCCAGCUCAGCGCCUGGAGCAGCCUCGAUAACGAUAAGCGCUGGAGACAUGCUGUCCAGAACAGUCCUCUCUAUGUGUUCGCCUUCAGUGGGCCAGUCUACCUGGCUGUGGACACUUUCCUUUUGCUUGGUGGUCUUCUGAGUGCUAAGUCUCUUCUUACCUCCAUCCAGAGGUCAGAAAACAUACUCAGCCUCCGUCUGGUCGCCCACUACCUCUUUAAGAGGUUCAAAAGGAUCCAGCCGCUGCACCUCUUCAUCGUGUGUCUGAUCAUCGCACUCUUCUCGCUGCUCCACAGAGGAGUUUUCUGGUUCAUGGCUGAGGAUGAAAUCCUGAACUGCAAGAAGUACUGGUGGUCCAACCUGCUGCUCGUCAACAACCUCUUCACCAUCACCGAUAUAUGUGCUCCUUGGACCUGGUACCUCUCCAUUGACUUCCAGUUCUAUGCAACAACACCUCUGCUCAUUUUUCUCUAUAGACUGAAUAAAUAUGUGCUGGUUGCUGUGGCGAUCAUUCUGUUGGUCAUGUCAAGCUUGGCUGGUGCUCUGAUCACUGCAUUUCUGCACCUGCCUGUACAUCAACCUACUACACUAGCAUAUGAGAGCUAUUUUCAAUAUUACUACAACAAACCCUACACCAGAUAUGGGCCGUAUCUGCUUGGCAUCCUUGCAGGACUUUAUAUGGCGACCAAGAAAGAAGCACUGUUAAAGCAGCAGUGGCAGGCUGCUGCUGGAUGGUUUGUCUCUCUGUCCGUCAUGGCCCUGCUCGUGGGCCUGGCCUAUGUGCUGCGGGACGUCCCGGCCCAGCCCUCACUCGCCCAUGCAGUCUAUCAGGGGCUCCAUCGCUCUCUGUGGGCUCUGGCUGUGGUCUGGAUCAUCCUGGCCUGUGAGGAGGGCUACGGAGGGUUUGUGAAUAAGCUUUUGUCUCUCAGAGUGUGGAUUCCUCUGUCCAACAUCAGCUUUGCCUGUUACCUGAUCCACCCUAUUCUCAUUUUACUCUACAACGGCAAGCAGGAGACUCCAAUACACUACACUGACCUUAACUUUCUGUACCUGUUCCUGGGCCACGUGGUGCUGACCAUAGUGCUGGGCUUUGCUCUGACUGUGCUGAUUGAGAAGCCUUAUCUAUUCCUGAGAAAAGCUAAAGCAUAA